GUUCUGAAACUCCUACCAAGCUGAAAUCAGCUUUUACAUUCGGAACGAUAUAUAAACACAAUUGCAAAAGAAAACUUCGAGAGUUGUGGGACUCCUCAGAGUUGAUAUUCUAUGAUUUAUAUUUAAGAAGUGGAUACAACAACAAAUCUCAACUUUAUCCAAUACCCGUUCUUGUUUCUAAUCUGAUGAAAAAUGGAGACCACGUAAACAAAGGAAAGGAUACUUCAAAGUGGCAGCUGGUAAGGAGGAUAUUUUUGACAGAUCCAGUGACUGCUACUGAAGCAAAGAAAACAUUUAUCAAGAGGAAACCUGGUGCUAAUGUUUUUCGUUAUGCUAAAGAUAUUUCUCUCUUUAUAACUUUAAAAAACGACGACAAAACAGGAACGGUCUACCCCCCUCUGUUGUCUGUCGAGUAUGGAGAGUCUUCGUACGAUGACUACAUGAGGGAUACCGAGAUUACGAUCACUUUCUCUGUGUCGUAUCAUUUGGAUCAAGAAGGUAGAUGGAAAAGCAUAUCGGUAAGUAAUUUGUUGCUAGUUAGCAAAUUCUGAUAGAACGAGUACAAA